AUGAGCAGUUCCUUGUGCAAUAGAUUUGGCGAACUCGUCCAGGGAGUGCUGCAACAAUCUUCUUGGCUCCAUCCACCGACCUCUUCUUGCACUUUCCAACGGAAGGGAAAGUCGGUUUCGGAUAAGAGGUGUCACUCCGGAGCAUUGGCUUGUCCAGCGGCAGUUGCCGCCAGUGCCGCAAGACGUCUUGGUGCAGCACUUGAUAUCGUCGGGGGUGCCAGGACACUUGUUGCUGACGUAUUUUCCGCCUGCAGCCGUACAUUUUGCUGUGGCAAUGCAGACACCUGGGGCACCUCCAGAACCAGUACAUUCACCGUUUACUGUUGCACGUUCGACGAGUUCAUAUGUGAUAUUGUCGGCAAAGGUGCCAGUGGCAGUAAGGAGGAGGAUAGGGGGGUUGGAGGAGUAUUAGGGGAUACGGUGGAGUUGGAGGGUCCGUUUAUAGAUCUGGAAGGGAUUUAUGCUUGGCAGAGAUCGAUGGCUGCACGACCAAACCCUCGCAUAGUAUUAGACCGUGCGUAUGAUCUCGUAGACAUGUGA